AUGUCUUCCUUCGUGUACAAGAAAAAGCGUAGCGGCGAUUUCCCGAGCUGCCGCAUAUGCCGCCUAGGUUUCGUGGUCGACCCAGGCGACCUAGACAACCUAGGCGGUACAAAUGGGCUUUACGAAAUUCUGCGCCGCCAUCGGGGACUAUACCCUCUAUACCAGUUCCGAAAGAGAUCGUUCAUUAAGAGCUUAGACUGGUGCUGCUUCUACCGCGUGAUCCUCCAUGAUACUCGUAGUGACAAUUAUCGGAUCUCUGGGGUGGCCAUUCACAUAGCGGUCGAUCGCCAUCAUGACCAGGUGCCGGAAGCAGUGCCACGAGACAAGACAAUUGGAGUUAUCGGUUACCCUGAAAAGGACAGAGAGCGUCUGAUACUGGCUAUAGAAAUUAAACAGGAUAAUGACACAAGUUCUAAUGACCUUGUCGGCUACCAUGUCCACGACAGUUGUUGGAAGUUACUUACCCACCACGCAGUUGGGAAGAUUGCGAGGCGCGACUUGGCCUUGGUUGUCAAGAAUCUGAUCGUACUGCCCAAGGAGAAACCCCUACUGGCCGUAGAGGGUUGGAAAGACGUGUUUAGUGGCGAGCUCAAUUUGGAUGAUCCGGCGAAUAUCGAAAUCAUUCGGCAUCUAAUCAAGGAAACUCGAACUAGAACUGACGCGCGGUUUUACAUACAAGAUCCUAUCAACAGCCGUUUGUGCUACCUGCCAGUGGAGAUACUGUAUGAGGUUAUGGAUUACGUUUCCCCCAGCGACGUCCAAAAUGCGCAGAUCGCCAUGGAGUACUCCCUUGGAGAUGGGUACUGGCGCACACGAGUCCCAAUAAAGCUAUUUUACGAAGUGAAAAGUGUCUGGGAUGAAACGCUGGACUGGCAAACUCUCUGCUUACAACUCGAAUGGUGUUCGGACAGGAAAGACCUAUCUUUGGACGAUAUAUUGUGA